AUAUCCACACGGAUAGUCUGUGUCGAAUAUCAAAGCCUUUUAACCAUAGUUCUGACAAGUGAAAGGAUGCUGCCUGCCAAAAAUCCUUUCUGUCGCCCGUGCAUCUCCCAUCGACUUCAUCAAGCUACCCACAGUGCAAUGCGCUUCUGUCAUGGCUGCUCACUGGUGCCGCUUGCAGCACAUGGGUUGAAAUAAACAGCUUCUCUCAUAGGCGGAACAGCAGCGGUACCCACAGUACAGUACGCAGUAGGGGCAGGGGGCAAUAUUUAAAGUUUAAAACAUUUUGAUCCUGCCCGUGUGUAGUGUAGCGUUUGGGGGUAUUCACGUCACACGUCAACAAGAAUGGUGCGGGACGUAGAGGUUCCACUACUGCGAGGCUUUCUCUCCGACACAGAGAAAACGGAAUGGAAGCAGAAUAUUUUCAGCACUGCAGAGGGCGGUCCCCUGCUGGAGAGCCUGUUGGAGGGGGACUAUGAGGCGGUGCUGCUCAGCCCCCAGGUGCUGGACCUGCUGGGGGGAGAGAGGGAGGCGGAGGCCCCUGGUCAGCCUCAGCCCCUGGAGGAGGGAGAGAGGGACGGAGAGGGAGCGGGGGAGAGGAUUCAGGCCUACCUGCACAGGAGAGUCCUGGCCUACCUCAGCGAUGCCACUGAAGACGACCGCGCAGACAGAGAGGCAGCUCUCCUGGCGGUGGCGGUGUCCUGUCUCCACCUCUUUGUCCAGAGUAACUGGACGGGGCCCCCGGUCAGCCUCCACGUCCCUGACCUGCUGCCAGCCUCCCUAUUGCAGGCUGCACAGGAGCCUGCUGCGCUGCAUGCGUGUCUGCUGAGUGUGCUCCUGCUGGAUGGAGAGUGUGUCUACAGCCUGGUGUCCAACCCCUUCUGCCUGCUGCUGGCCCGCGUGCUGCUCGUCACCUGCCGCACACACCUCACCUCCCUCCAGUUGUUGCCAUGGUGGACUCUGCGCUACGUGUCUGUCCAUCAGCAGGUGCUGGAGGCUCGCUCCCCUCAGCUGCUCAGCCUGGCCCAGAGCUGCAUGGAGACAGUGUCGAAAUGCGAGGCCCUCCUCCCCGGCUCCACUGGGUCCAGCAGCAGGCGUCUGGCCAUGCAGUUCCACCUGGAGUGUGGCUAUACCUGCCUGACCUACUACGAGUACCAGGCGGCCAAGGACCACUUCAACCAGGCCAGACACCUCUCCGGCCUCGACAUCAACAUGACCGGCGCCCUUGGCAAGCGGACCCGCUACCAGGAGAACUUCCUGGCUCAGCUCAUACUGGACGUCAAGCGCCAGGAGGAGGCCGCCGUGCCAGAGGCCGAAAACGAGCCCGCGCCUGCGCCCACACCUACCCCUCUCAGCCUGCUGCCAAAGGACCAUGCCCUGAGUGAUGACACGGUGCUGAACAAGAUCAACCUGGCCGAGCCUGAGGAGCACGAGCUGCCCGACCUCACCGCUGAGGAACAGGCAGUUAUACUGGGCAUCUGCACCGACUUCCAGAAGAACAACCCUGUCCACAAGCUGACAGAAGAGGAACUGCUGGCCUUCACUACAUGCCUGCUGUCGCAGCCCAAGUUCUGGGCGGUGGAGGUGACGUGCCUGGCUCUGAGGACCAAGCUGGAGAAGGGGAGCUCGCGACGAGUAGAGCGAGCCAUGACGCAAACACAGACUAUCGUGGACUACUUUGAGGAGAAGACUUGCCCGGUGACCGAGAGGCUGAAGAUGUUCUACUGCUGUCCUGCCCCACCGCGCUGGACCUUCCAGAGGCAGUUGGCUAGUCUCUUGAUAGAUCUGGGUUGCGUCAGUUCGGCGCUGCUCAUCUACGAGCGUUUGGAGAUGUGGGAGGACACCGUCAUCUGCUACGAGAGGAUCGGCCAACACGGCAAGGCUGAGGAAAUUCUUCGUCGUGAGCUGGAGAAGAAGGAGACCCCGUCCCUGUUCUGCCUGCUGGGUGACGUGACGCGUGAUGCCCAGUAUUACGACCGUGCCUGGGAGCUGUCCAAGCACCGCAGUGCCCGCGCCCAGCGCUCCAAGGCCCUGCUCCACAUGCGCCAACGCCAGUUCAAGGAGUGUGUCGAGUGCUUCGAGCUGUCGUUAGGCAUCAACCCCAUGCAGCUGGGUGUGUGGUUCUCUCUGGGCUGUGCCUACUUUGCCCUGGAUGGUUACGAGGGAGCGGCCAAAGCCUUCCAGAGGUGCGUCGGACUGGAACCAGACAAUUCCGAGGCCUGGAAUAACCUGUCGUCUGCCUACAUCAAACUAGGACUGAAGAAGAAGGCUUUCCGCACCCUGCAGGAGGCCCUCAGGUGUAACUUCGAGCACUGGCAGAUCUGGGAGAACUUCCUGACAGUCGCCGUGGACGUGGGCGAGUUCUCAGAGGCCAUGAGGGCCUACCACAGGCUCAUGGACCUGCGCGACAAGCACAAAGACCUGGAGGUCCUGGAGAUCUUGGUGCGUGCAGUGGUGGAGGACCUGCCUGACGGCCAGGGGGAGCGUGCGUCGGCGUACAGGGCCAAGCUGAGAGAGCUCAUGGGCAGGGCCACCGCCUCCUGCAGCACCGACGCCCACCUGUGGCGCCUCUACGCACGUCUCUACGGCGACGGACACAGCAACAACCCCGACGACAAUGAGAAGGCCCUGCAGUUCCUGAGUAAGGCGCACCGGUGUGAGACGCAGGUGACCGGCUGGGAGAAGGAGAUCGUCACCUUCAGAGAGGUCACAAAGAGGGCGCUGGACAUGGCCGACGUCUCUCUCAGCUGUUGCAGGGCGAAGGCCAACCACCAGGAAGCGGUCCAGUUGCUGAACUCGGCCCGGCUCAGCCUGAAGAGUCUGGCCAGCAAAGCCAAGCAACUCUACACAGAUGUGGCCACGGGGGAGAUCCAGGCAGACCUGCGCGCCGACCUCCAACAGCUUGAGCAGCGAAUCAAAGAGCUGCAAGACCUGAGUGCCGAGCUGCGCAGCCAAUGAGAACGCGGAUCACACUCUCUCUCACACACAUGCUCCCGCCCUCCCUUCUGGCCUGGAAGCAGCAGAAGACAUGUCAAGAUAAUCAGAACUGAAGGAAGAUGGCGGCAGGACAACACAGCACAGGACAUGGGCCUAUACUAAGAAGCUGGUUCAGGAGCAAAUCAGGUUAAGUUAAGAGGUAAAUCAUCUAAUAGAAGAGCCUGGAGUCCUCAUUUUCUUAGGACUCCAGCCUCUUCGAUUAGAUGAUUUACCUCUUAACUUAACCUGGUUCUUAGGAAAAUGAGGAUUCCAGGCUCUUCUAUUAGAUGAUUUACCUCUUUACUCCAGAACCAUCUUCUUAGUACCGGCCUCAGGACAGGCCUGGACAGUGUUCUGCUCGUCUGUCUCGGUCUGGAGGCCUUAAUCUUUAAAUCCUCUAUUUUUAUAUUUUAAUAAACAUAACACAUCAUGACUAUGCAGAUGGAGACUCUAAAAGUGCUUCAAAUGCAGGACAGUAACUGAAACAGAUGAGAAAAUGAAAUACAACCUUUGUGCCCUUGUACACUACCAGAAUGCCACUAACAGUAUACUGUAAUACACAGAUAUGUUGCUGCGUUUAAACGUAUGUCCUAAGAAGGAUUGUCUUGCAUCGUGUGUGUGCAAUGUCUCCAAACAUGGUGUGGCCAGGCAGCUGGGCCAAAGCCUGAUGUGUACCCUAGGACCUUUUGUGCAUACAUGGCGACCCCUUGGGUAGUGAAGUUUGCUAGGACGAAUAACGCCCAUUUUUCACGGAUUUCACCCAAGAGUAUCCAAUCACUUGUUUUAAGUGUAAUUAAUAAUUGAUUGCACCGGGCGCAAAUGGGCGUUACUCGUCCUAGCAAGGCCUAGGACACUUCACUUGGAGAAAUGCCCCCAUUGUCUUUGUUUUACAGAACACGUCUGCAUCGCGUGUGUGGUGUGCAAUGUCUCCAGUCCAAACAUGGUGUGGUCAGCCAAGCCAUAGCCUGAUGUGUACCGUAGGACCUGUUGCGUGUACUGUACAUGGCGACCCCUUGUCUUUGUUUUACAGACUAACACAUGGCUGUGUAAGUGGACAUGACAUGACUGCUCUGUGGUGUAACGAGAAUAAAUUCUUUCUUUCUCCUGCCCUA